AUUUACAUGUUAAAAUUUUUAGAGCUUAACCGAGAAAAUGGUAAUAAUCAAAAGUUAACACGAAACCAAGAAACGAAGCGAGGGAGCACAGCUUGAAACUCGGAACCCUAGAACCAGAGAGAGUGAAGAAACCAUGAGACGAACUCUGCUUCGAAAUGCUUCUCUCUUCACUCGCAAUCUUCUUCACCACCACUCUUCCUCCACCGUCCCACUCGCCGUUUCAUCUCACUCCCGAUUCAGACUCUUCUCCUCCGAUGAAAAACCCUCUCCAGUUCCCUCCAUCAAAGACACCGCCCCCGUCGAAAUUGAAGACGUCGACAACAAAGAGCUGAAGUCGCGGAUUGAUAAAUACCUAAAAGGCGACGAGCAGAUGCUUCCUUCGAUCAUGGAGGCGAUUAUGCAGAGGAAGUUAUCAGGGAAGCACGAAGAUACUGAUGAUGAGUUGAUGGAAGAACUCAGCAUGGAACCUAUUGAUGAUGUGGAUGAUAAGGAUUUUGAAUCUGAUUUUGAGGAUUUACAUGAAACUGAUGAGGAGAUUGAUGAUUUGUAUAAUGCUAGAGAUAUUGUCAUGAAGAGAAUGGUUAAAGAUCAGUACUUUAAUAUGGAUGACAAGAAAUGGGAUGACAUUGUUGAAGAUGGUGUUAAGCAUGGUUUUCUUAUGGAUACUAAGGAGUGUGAGGAGAUUCUUGAAGAUAUGCUUAGCUGGGACAAACUUCUACCAGAUGAGAUAAAACAGAAGGUGGAAACAAAAUUUAAUGAGCUCGGGGAAAUGUGUGAAAGAGGGGAACUUGAACCUGAAGCUGCUUAUGAACAGUUUAAGAAGUUUGAGGAUGAGCUUGUGAUGGAAUAUAUGAAGACGGCGGAAAAAGAAGCGGCCAUGCAGUCUGUUGAUACUUCUGUGCCAGACAAGAAGAAGGAUUCCGAUGAUCCACCUGGUGAAGGCCCAAUUCUCCGGUGGCAAACUCGAGUAGUAUUUGCCCCUGGUGGUGAUGCAUGGCAUCCCAAAAACAGGAAAGUGAAACUAUCUGUAACGGUGAAGGAGCUUGGACUUUCAAAAUACCAAUUUCGCCGUCUUAGAGAAUUAGUUGGAAAGCGUUAUCAUCCCGGGAAAGAUGAGCUCACAAUUACUAGUGAGAGGUUUGAGCAUCGUGAAGAAAACAGAAAGGACUGCUUGAGGACUCUUCUCUCACUCAUUGAAGAAGCCGGCAAAGCUAAUAAAUUAGUAGAUGAUGCUCGAACUUCAUAUGUGAAAGAGAGACUUCGAGGCAAUCCAGCUUUCAUGGAGAGGCUGCAUGCUAAGUCCCUGAGAUUAAGAGAAUCCAAUCAAGUUCCUGCUUGAGUUGCAAUCUGGAUUCUAGUUUCAGAAACAACUCUGCAUACUGGGGCAAGGCUGCGAAGAUCUGAUCCUCACCCCCAAAAUCUCAGGAGGCUCACAAAUGGCCCAAUAUUUAGUCAUAUCUUUCGUGUUUAGUGUUAGCGUUGCUGAUGUUGUUUUUACCUUUAACCGGUGGUUUAUGCUGGCUGACUUUUAGACAUGCUUUGGAGAGUUACUUGUCUUUUUUGCCAAUAAUAUCAUUUAAUGUACAUAAGUGAUUUUCACUGCAGUGCUGAUUACUGACAGUUAAAAGAUAGUAAAUCAUUGAGCACAUGUUUGGCUGAUCAA